AAUACAGGCUGUGUGAAAGAAGAAAUCUAGUUAUUCCUUUUACGUUUGAGAAAAAUAAAAACAAACAAAAAUGCCUAAGAAGAAGUCAAAAAAGUCGGGCAAACUGUCCAAGAUGACAGAGGAGGAGAGAAUUGCAUACGAAGAAAACAAACGGUUGGCAGAAGAAGAAAUGAAGAAAAAGAAAGAGGAUAUGCUUACACAGUUCUUGAAGGACAAACUAACCAAGGAGGAAAGAGCAACAAAGUUUAAUAUGAACAAACUGAACCAUCAGUGGAGAAAUAUUAUGAGGGAGUCUAAAUCUAAGGAACUGAAGAAAGAUAUUGAGAUUCUGAGUCAGACAUUUGAGAGAAUCGUGGAUAGGAAAGAUGCUACCAUCAAAUCUCUAGCCAAAGACCUCCAAGAAGCUGAGGAACAGUAUGCCAUGGCACUGCGUAGUCAUCUACAGAAUGUUGACAAUCUCAUUGAUUUACAGAAGGAGAGAUUGCAGACUUUACACAGAGAGUAUGAUGAGGAACUUGCCAUCAUCCGAGAAGAAUUUGACACUGAACGAGCCAUAAUGAUCGAGCAACAUAACGUUGAAAAUAAUGAUAUAGCAGACAUUUUAUUUGCCAUGGAACAAAAUUUUAAUGAGAAAGAAUCAGAAGCUAAAGCGGAGUUCCACAGUUUAAGGGAUGAAAUCAGAAACAAGGACAUGGAGGAGAAGCAUGGACUACGACACACAUUGCAAGACAAAGUGGAGAACUUGUGGCUGCAGUUCAAACUGGCUCUGAAAAAUUACAAUGAAACAACAGAGGAAAGAAAGACAGCUUUUGAAACUUUAAAGAAAAAGGAUGAUGAAUCUGCAAAAGAAAUUGAUACCCAGAUGAGAAGACUCCAAAGAAUCUCAGACCAGAUAGCUCAGCUGAAAGGAAAGAUGUCUGCAAAUGCUAAAGAAUGUGAAGAAAGAAACAAGCAAAUAAAAGAGGAACGAGAAAAGAUGUUGGCUCACUUCCAGGAACUGAAGGCUCAGAUGAACAAGAUGAGAGAGGGUGAGAGGGACAAGCUAACCAAACUGACACUGGAAAGCAAUGCCAGUAUAAAGGAGCUUAAGAGACAAAGGGAAAAGGUGGAGAGCAUAAUGAAGGUGGCAGAAAUGUGUAGGAAACUGGAAACAGAAGAGGAGAAAGUGUUACCAUUUUAUGCCACUUCACUGACAAAGGAUGAAGUAGAGGAUGUUGAGGCAGCCAUAUUGGAACAGGCUAACGAGCCUCUGGUUCAGAUCAUGCAUGAGUACACCUCACUGGAGAAUUUCUGGAAGCGGUUUAAUAAAGUGAUGUUGGACAAACUUGCACUAGAUAAGGAAAAGCAGGGCCUUGUACAGGAAAAUCAACAACUGAGAACUCUCCUCAAACAGUACCUGGAUGGCAUCUCCGUAAACGACGAGAUCCUCAGCCAAGUCAACCCACUGUUUAUAGUAAACAACAAAACAAACGUCAAGUUAAACGUUCCUGUUCUGGAUCCUCGUGUGCGUCGCCCUGUCGCCCAGACAGUUGUGGAGGCAGCACACGUCGUCAAACAUGUCCUCCAUUCAUAGACUUUGGGUCAUAUGAUCAAUUUUUAAGUUCAAGGUCACACUGAGAGACAUCUUCACUGAAAACAACACAACCAUU